CCGCCCUUUACGUGUCGCACAGGCCAAUCAGGACCUGUUUGGGCGGAAGCGCCGUGGGCCUCGCAUUCAGGUUUGGUUGCAAAGGAAGCCUUUUCCACCGCGGUUUGAACUGGCUUACUGCUGAGCUGAGGAGAACACAAGGACGGACACCAUAGCCUACCACACCUCUUCUUCUUCGGGCAGCCUCCUCGACUUUUGGAUACUAGCGGGGACUAUUUGGAAGCGGCCCACUUGAAUAUAUACUUUAUCUUUUAACGGAAUGGAUUUUGAGAAGACCUAAGUUGGAUGGUUUGCUGCACAAGUGUCGUUGAAAGCGUGCUGGUGGAGUUUGCCAACUUCUGAGGAGGUCACUUUAAGUCUUUCGGGAGGGGAACUAUCUUAAAGCUAAAAUGGAUCAAGCCAGCGGUGGGGAGGACCCGAAUAAACCCUCCAAAAAGAAGUCCAACGAGGAUGAGGGUAAAAACAAAAAGCUGAACAUACACAUAAAAACAUUGGCUGAUGACAUGCGUGAUCGUAUUACCAGUUUCAGGAAAACGGGGAUGAAGAAGGAGAAGCCCCUUAUACAGCACCCAACAGAUCCCCUCUCUACCCAGGCUGAACUGCCUGUUCCUCAGCCCCUUUUUGACGACCGCUCCAUGAACCUUUCAGAAAAGGAGAUCAUUGACCUCUUUGAGAAGAUGAUGGAGGACAUGAACCUGAAUGAGGAACGCAAAGCGCCUCUGCGUGGAAAGGACUUGAGCACCAAACGUGAGAUGGUGGUCCAGUACAUCUCAGCCACCGCCAAAUCUAUAACUGGGAGCAAAGUUGCGGGUGGACUAAGGAACAGCAAGCAUGAGUGUACACUUUCAUCCCAAGAAUAUGUCCAUGAGCUGCGUUCUGGCAUCACAGAAGAAAAGCUGCUCAAUUGCCUGGAGUCGCUCAGAGUGUCUCUCACUAGUAACCCUGUCAGUUGGGUUAAUAACUUCGGACAUGAAGGUCUUGGCCUUCUUCUGGAUGCUUUAGAGAAGCUGCUGGACAAGAAACAGCAAGAGAGUAUCGAUAAACGGAACCAGCAUAAACUUAUCCAAUGCUUGAAGGCUUUCAUGAACAAUAAGUAUGGACUGCAAAGGAUCUUGGGAGAUGAGCGGAGCCUGUUGCUACUGGCACGAGCGAUUGACCCCAAACAGACCAACAUGAUGACAGAGAUCGUCAAAAUUCUCUCUGCCUUCUGUAUUAUUGGAGAGGAAAACAUCCUGGAUAAGAUUCUAGCUGCCAUGACAAUUGCUGCAGAGAGGAACAAUAAAGAGAGAUUUGCUUCAAUUGUGGAAGGACUGGAGAACCACGAAGCCCAGCAGCUCCAGGUUGCUUGCAUGCAGCUAAUCAAUGCUUUGGUCACCUCCCCUGAUGACCUGGACUUCCGGAUACAUCUGCGCAAUGAGUUCUUGAGAUGCGGCCUCAAGAAGAUCCUGCCUGAGCUAAAAGAGACAGAGGAGCUGGACAUCCAGCUGAAGGUGUUCAAUGAGAACAAGGAGGAGGACUCCAUCGAACUCUCCCAUCGCCUGGAUGACAUCCGUACUGAGAUGGAUGAUAUGAAUGAAGUGUACCAUCUCCUGUCCAAUAUGGUUAAAGACACUGGCUCAGAGACAUACUUCCUGUCAAUCCUUCAGCACCUAUUGCUCAUCAGGAAUGACUAUUACAUCAGGCCUCAGUACUACAAGGUGUUAGAAGAAUGCGUGUCUCAGGUGGUCUUGCAUCGCAGUGGGAUGGACCCUGACUUUGGCUACAGUAAAAGAUUGGACGUGGACUUCACCCAUUUGAUUGAUCAGUGUGUGGAUAAAGCCAAAGUUGACGAGAGUGAGCAGAAGGCAGCAGAGUACUCCAAAAAGUUUGAUGAGGAGUUCAGUGCACGACAGGAGGCCCAGGCUGAGUCUCAAAAGAAGGAAGAGAGAAUCAAAGAGUUGGAGGGGAAGAUCCAAGCCCUGGAGUCCCAGUUAACUAUUGAAAAAGACAAGCUCAAAGAGGCUCAGAGACUCAUCAGGGAAUCUGAAGCCAAGAUUGCAGCAGGUCCAACUGCGCCUGGAGCACCACCUCCACCACCCCUACCAGGGGGUGCAGCAGUCCCACCUCCUCCUCCGCCUCCUCCUCCCCCACCUCCACCUGGUGGCUGUCCUCCUCCACCUCCUCCUCCUCUUCCUGGCCAUGCUUCCAUUCCACCACCGCCUCCACCACCCCCUCCUCCAGGUGGAGGACCUCCACCUCCUCCACCACCCCCUGGUUGCGGGCCCCCACCUCCUCCACCUUUUUUUGGGGGCCCAGGUGGGCCUCCACCACCUCCUGCAUUGGCUGUCGUCAAGCUGCCUUAUGGGAUGGAGCCCAAGAAGACCUAUAAGCCUGAAGCUGUGAUGAAGAGGAUCAAUUGGACCAAGAUAGUGCCUCAGGAAAUGGCAGAGAAUUGCUUCUGGAUCAAAGUCAAAGAAGAGAAGUUUGAGAAUCCUAACCUAUUUGCUCAGCUCUCCCUCUACUUCUCCUCACAGAGCAAAGUGAAAAAAGAUGUGAAAGAUGAGACUGACGACAGGAUGCCACAAUUCAAGAAAAAGGCGAAAGAACUUCGCAUCUUGGAUGCCAAGACAGCACAGAAUCUUUCAAUUUUCUUGGGCUCGUUCCGCCUGCCUUAUGAAGAGAUCCGGGACAUUGUGCUGGAGGUAGGCGGGGACAGACUGAGCGAAUCACUCAUCCAGAACCUGAUAAAGAACCUGCCAGAGCAGAAAGAGCUGAAUGCGCUAGCAGAACUAAAGGGUGAAUAUGAAGAGCUAGUGGAGUCGGAGCAGUUUGGCAUUGUGAUGAGUACGGUAAAGCUCCUACGGCCGCGUCUCAAUGGCAUUUUGUUCAAGCUGACGUUUGAAGAGCAGGUGAAUAACAUCCGGCCAGACAUCAUGAAUGUGACAUUCGCCUGUGAGGAGGUGAAGAAGAGUGAAGGCUUUAGCAAACUUCUGGAGUUGGUAUUGCUGGUUGGCAAUUACAUGAAUGCUGGUUCAAGGAAUGCCCAGACAUUUGGUUUCAACGUCAACUUCCUCUGCAAGCUCCGAGAUACUAAAUCCAUCAGUCAGAAUACAACGCUUCUUCAUUUCUUGGCUGAGAAGUGUGAAGAGAAUAACCCAGAGAUUUUGAGGUUUCCAGAUGAGCUUGAGCAUGUGGAAAGUGCCAGCAAAGUGUCAGCUGAGAUCUUAAAGGGCAGUUUGACCACCAUGGAACGUCACAUUCAGAGGCUUGAGAACGACAUCGUGAACUUCCCCAAAACAGAUGACCACCAAGAUAAGUUUGUGGAAAAGAUGUCGGGCUUCUGCAAGCAUGCCCGGGAGCAGUAUGAAAAACUAUCCACCAUGCAUAAGAACAUGCAAAAGCUCUAUGAGAGCAUUGGCAGCUAUUUUGCCUUUGACCCCCACUCUGUCAGUGUGGAGGAUUUCUUCGGACAACUGGCCAACUUCCGCAUCCUCUUCAUGGAAGCAGUGAAGGAGAACCACAAGAAGAGAGAGAUGGAGGAGAAGAUCAAGAGAGCCAAACUGGCGAAGGAGAAAGCAGAGCGUGAGAAGCAGGAGCGCCAGCAGAAGAAGAAGCAGCUGAUUGACAUGAACAAAGAGGGGGAUGAAACUGGUGUGAUGGAUAGCCUAAUGGAAGCUCUACAGUCCGGAGCAGCCUUCCGUGAUCGGCGAAAACGGACACCUCGGAAUGGUGAUCAAAGCCCUUCCAGUCCAGCCUCCCGGUGGCCGGGUGCUAACUAUGGUAACAGAACCCUAGACAACCGCCGCGCAGUCCUGGAAAGGUCUCGUUCACGCCACAACGCAAAUCACCAAGCUCGAUGAUCGCCCGCGCCUACCACAGGACGCUAGAUAAGUGCCAAAGAGGCCUUCGAGGUGGAGACCCGGAAGACAUCUGAGGGAGGGACAGACCAUCCCUCACUGUGGCAUGAACACACACACACACGCACACACACACAAGCAGUCAUACAUACAUACAUACACAGUACCAAGUAUGGAAGAAAAAAGCCUAAAGAAGCCACACAGAACUGAAGGAUCUAAAGUACAUCACACACAGACAUUUAAUUUUCAUGCUGUUCGUCUGAAGCCUUACAUAUUUAUUCAAUACUCUCUCAUCAUUCUAAAUGUUCAUGUCCUCCUAAGAUGGUUUGACUCAUAAAAUGAAAAAUUUUACAUGCUGCUGCCGUUUGAAAUGAAAGGUUUCCAUUGCUUGAAAAUCCAUUUUGAGUCGUGCAAGUCUCAGCCUUCUAUUUUAAUCCUUUUUUAAUCUAAAUACUACAGUUCGCAUACAGUUUUAACAUGAAACAUGCAGUGUGUUGAAAAUAGACAUUCCUCCAAGAAGGACUGCACCAUAAUGUAUGCUUAUCAUCCAAAAGAACAUACCGCACACAGUUCAUUCAGCAAAGGGGGAGCGGGCCAGCUGUCCUUGAAAUGGAAGACGGGGAUUCAACUCCCAUGUUGGCAAGCCUGCAACCUGCUGAUGUCUUCUUGAACAAGACACUGAACUCUUCACGGAAGAGGGAGUGUUGGUUUAAAAUAAUAUGGGUUUGGUUUUUUUUUUCCCCAUCAACCCCUCCUUCAAACAAACUUCAAAACAAUUUUUACUAAUAAAUCUGCAAAAGACUCCACGAGUCAUCUCAUUUCAUAUCCUACAAAGCCACAAGAGCUGGCCCCUGUCUAGGCUGAGAUUUCAGAGCAUGUGACUCAUGGAUCUUGAACUGUAAUCUCCAUUUUGACAAGAUGCAUUUUAUUUUUAGUUGUGUAAUAUGUAACCAAUGCCUUCGGGUGCUGAUCUCUGUCCCAAGGUCACUUAUGCUGUUAACAUGAGAGACUGACACAUUUCUAAAUGCAUAUAACUGCCUAGAGAAGCUCACAUGAACUCUGUGACCUUCCCUGCAGUCAUACAGGUCUCCAGUGGGCGAAGCUUGAUUUAACAAAGCUAUUACAACAUUUUUUAAAUUAAUCAAUCUCAAUCUGUGUAUUUCUUUUUCACAUUCCUUUUUUUAAUAUAAAGGCUCUAAAAAACAGCCCAGCAAUUACACCUUUUUUGGCGACCAGUGGUGAAAGGUUCACUCCACUUAGAAUUUUCACAGCAGAUUUUCAAUAGAUUUUUUUUUUUCCUCCACCGGGUUUUCAAAAAUUUUUUUAAAUGAACUUACAGAAUCAUAUAAACACAUUUUGUUCAACAAGAUAAUCUCCCCAAAGAAACAUGUUUAAUAAAUAUAAACACAGCUAUAGUUGUACUGCUUCAAAAUUCAUAAUUUGAUAUAUUUAUGGUAUAAUUCAUAUUAUAGGACGAAAUGUUAAAUGUUUUUAAACUUACAUGAACCACAGGCAUUAUAUUAUUCAUAAAUUUAAAAACCUUUGGGGGAAAAAAGCACUCAAAUCUCCUGAGGGAAUCCAUGGCUCACACACUAAAGGGUUUUUAGCACCACUAACUAUACCACUCUAUUAAAGACCCUGUUUCCUGGGGGGGAUACUUAACAUGUGGUUUUCAGUAACAUCUUCCACCUGAUGAAGCUUUUCAGCAUCAAAACAAAACACCUGAUGCUUGGGGUUUGUGUGUAAAAUAGCUGCAACUUAGCUGUAAGCUUUGCAAGGACCCACUGUCACCACGAUUUCUUCACGUGAACUAUUUAUUCAUAUAUUCAUGCCUAGGGCGGCCCUGUCCCCUCACUGCCCCAAACUGUAAGCAGAUGCUACUAAAAACAACCACUGAAUCCACAAGGAGAGUGGGUAGGACUAGAAUAAUCGACUGAAGGGAACAGCAGACAAGAUGAUGCUUGUCUUAGUAAGUGAGUCUCCAAACGCCCUCCAAUUCCCCAGCACUAAUGGCAUAAGUGACCCUUUUACCAUAACACGACUUACUUUGGUAAUACCAUAACUCUGCUUAAGGCUUUGUGUCUGUGUGUUUGUGUUUGGGCAGUGUGUGUGUGUGUGUGUGUGUGUAUGGAAAAAGAACCCAGGCAAAAUAGGAUUCAGUGUGCUUGACUCCUGGGGUGAAUAGAUGGAGAUUUUUCAUUUAAACAAUCUGCCAGAGCUGCUUGUGAUAUGUCUGUUUCACGAUGCCUCCUUUCCCGGCCUGCAUGCUUCUAAAAAUGCAAUUUUACACAUCAUCUCGGCUCAAGGUACAUCCACAAUACUCAGAGAAGUCUGCAUAUUUAAGAAGACAAUAAUUCUCCUCUGAAUAUAAGGUUUGAGCAGUUAGACAGAGAAAGCGUAGAGAAUGAGUUUUCCACGUAAGGGAUUCUGCGUAGAUCUGCGUUUUGAGGAGGUGUUAUCCACAGCAGAGAUGGAGACGUGCUGUCAAAUGCAGUUAUUCCCUUUUUCUAAUCGCCCUUUUUUCCUCUGCACCGCCACACCUGUACAGCUUAAAGUUUUGAAUAAGACCCUUUUUUUUUUUUAAUCAGUUAUAGAGAGUAUUGUACAUGCCAAAACAACCAUUGGCUUUUUGUUAACAAUUACAGUGUGUAUUUCUUUAUGAAUAAUUUGAAAUAAUCUGAAAACUUCUUCAUUGUUAACGUUGUUCAUUGUUAAUCAACUGAUUUUUUUU